GGAACACUCUAGGAUGCACCUGAAUAUCACGUGCUUGCAUAAACCCUAGUAGGCUGCUGCUCCCUGCGGUGAAGGUUCAAAGGUUUCUGUUUCAGCUCUUAUAGAUCGGCCAAGCAAACUUUGUAACUCGGACACCUGCGCAAAUAGCUCUCACAGAUCCCAAUUGUCUGUUUUUCCGGCAAUUCUACUCCUCUUUCUUUUCCAGGAAAACGCUGUUUGGCAAGAAAAUCGUAGACCUUUCUCUUUCUCUUCCUUGUAUUCCCUCUUAACUCUCUCGUAUUAGAUUCGGUUGGUGAUUUGUUCUCGCUCCAUUCACGACCAAAAAUGGGUCGUAACAAACCCAGGCGAUCUAAAACUCACAAUUCUCAUCGUGGACAAUCCAGCCGGACCAGUCACCUUGAAAGGGAAGAUGAGUCUCUCCCAUCUGAUCAAGUUCCUGAAGAGGUUACAAAUGUGCCCAGAAUUCAGCUUGCAAUGUGGGACUUUGGACAGUGUGACGCGAAAAGGUGUACAGGGCGCAAGCUCGCAAGAUUUGGUUUGUUGAAAGAGUUGCGUGUCAGUAGUGGUUUUGGUGGCAUUGUUUUAAGUCCUGUUGGGAGUCAAUGCGUCUCUAAAGAAGAUUAUUGCUUAAUAGAGAGGAGAGGAUUAGCUGUUGUGGAUUGCUCAUGGGCACGCUUGAAUGAUGUACCAUUUGUGAAACUGCGCUGUGCUGCUCCUCGCUUGUUACCAUGGCUUGUAGCAGCGAACCCAGUAAAUUAUGGUCGACCCUGUGAGCUCUCUUGUGUAGAAGCAUUAUCUGCAGCUUUGAUAAUAUGUGGGGAAAAGGAAACUGCAAAUUUGUUGCUGGGCAAGUUCAAAUGGGGUCAUGCAUUCCUGAGCCUCAAUAGGGAACUUCUAAAGGCAUACUCUGAGUGUGAAAAUAGUGCGGCCAUUAUUUCUGUUCAAAAUGAUUGGCUUUCCCUGCAAAAUCAGGUUCCAAAAGCUGUCCCAGAUGUUGAAGCUUUCUGUGCUAUAGGAGCAGAAACAAGCAAAGAUGAGGAUGCUUCUAGUGAUUCAGAAGAUGGACUUCCACCGCUAGAAAGGAAUAUGAACCAUUUGAACUUUCAGGAAAGUGAUGAUGAAAGUGAAUAGACAGAAUCCUACUACAAAUUGGAAGACAUCGUGAGGGGCAACAAGAACAGCUCCACUCCCACAUCAGCCACCUCUAACACAUCCCAGAUCAGUCGGCUCAUUUACCAUCACAUUUACCUCCAGGGAAACUUGACCCUCCGAUUGCUACUCUGGGUGAUUCAUCUUGUAAAACCAAAUUAUUAUAUAUUACGAAAACGCACAACUUUUUUACUUUUUUACUGUUCCUAGUAAAAAAUGUAAUUUUAUCCUUUUUAUUUAUUAUUAUUAUUAUUAUUAUUAUUAUUAUUAUUAUUAAAGGAAAACAAAGUGAAAAAUCCUCUCUACCCUUGCUUUUUUUUGGUUAUAUA